GUGGAUUGGAUGGAUGAAAAAACUAGAAGAAGGGCUUUAGAAAAAAUAGCCGCCAUGACUUUACAUAUUGCCUAUCCAAAUGAAUUGUUAGACGAUAGAAAACUUGAGAAUUAUUACGAAGGACUUGAAUUCAGUGUUGAUAAUUAUUUAGAAAACAUUUAUAACUUGUCUAUCUUUGAAAGAAAUUUCUCAUUUAGUAGACUGAGACAGCCAGUGAAUAAAACAGAAUGGAUAAUUUAUGGCGAGUCGGCUGUCAACAAAUUGCCUGCGGGUAUUUUGCAAGGCGUGUAUUUUAACAAUGAUUGGCCACGUUACAUGAACUAUGGCGGCAUCGGUCUUGUUAUUGGCCAUGAGAUUACCCACGGCAUUAUUGAUCAAGGCAAUGAAUUUAAUAAGGAAGGUAAUCUCAUGGAUUGGUGGGAGCCAGAGACGAAGAAGCGUUUUCUCAAGAAGGCCGAAUGUAUAAUUCAUCAAUAUGGAAAUUAUACUGUAGAAGAAGUCGGAUUGAACUUGAACGGGACAAACAGCCAGCGCGAGAACAUCGCAGACAAUGGCGGCACAAGGGAAGCCUAUUACGCGUACAAAGAAUGGAUUAAACGAAACAAACUGGAGCAAAGAUUACCGGGGUUACCGUACAGUCCAGAACAGAUGUUUUGGAUAAGCGCGGCUAAUUUGUUUUGUUACAAGGCUCGACCGAAAGCGUAUUCCCAUAGCCCGACCGAAUUUCGCAUUCGUGGACCACUGUCGAACAUGGAGGAGUUUUCGCGCGACUUUAAUUGCCCGGUCGGUUCCAGAAUGAACCCCAUGAAGAAAUGUACCGUGUGGUAGAUCUCAGAUGCCUGUAAAAUAUGUGUUAGCGAUACAGGUUAACACCGUUUUUAAUCUUAGAAUUAGAAGUUGCAAUUCUGCGUUCGUUGUUGAAACAAUAAGUUUUAUUCUUGACGUCUGGAUUAAAGAUAUUUACGUCCAAA